GCUCUCUCCCCAAAUUCGGCAGGUGGGCGUGGUCACGCCGGUGCUGUGAUUCUCAACGCAGAGCUUGGAGAGAAGCGCGCUGGACACGCAGCCGAGCAAGAUCUUAAUAACUCAAUUCAAAACGGCUUUGUAAUCAAAUAAAUAAAAGCAGUUUUAAAACAAACAACACCAUGACUUCGGCGCCGCAGCAGCAGGAUUCAAACGCGCUGUUUUCUGCGUUCGCCGGGCUGGGAGCCGUCGUGUUUGCUUUGUACGCUGUGAAGUACUCUUGGGGUAUUUUGCGCGGUGUGAGGAUUUAUAUUCUCUCAGAAAUUUGGAAGGUGGAUGUUUCGAUAUUUGGGAAGUGGGCAGUUGUAACGGGAGCCACGUCUGGCAUUGGAAAGGCGUACGCACACGAGCUCGCUAGGAGGGGUCUCGAUGUUGUGCUGAUCAGCAGAUCACUAGAGAGACUGAGCCAGGUUGCCUCUGAGAUAGAGCAGCAGUACGGUCGCAGUACGAGAGUGAUUCAAGCAGACUUCACCGAUGGGCACCGAAUCUACCAGCACAUUGAGGAGGGGCUCGCGGGGCUGGAGAUCGGCAUCCUGGUGAAUAAUGUGGGGAUGAACUACGCUGCCACGCUGGUCUUCUUACUGGACGUCCCGAACCCAGGGCAGAGAAUCUCUGAUGUUCUCAACUGCAAUGUGGUGUCGAUGACCCAGAUGACGAGGAUUGUAUUGCCACAAAUGAUCCAAAGGAAGAAAGGUUUGAUUAUAAACAUCUCCUCUGAAGCUGGUGCCCAUCCACACCCAAUGCUGACCCUAUACUCUGCAACCAAGGGCUUCGUUAAUUUCUUCUCUCGCUGCCUGGAGUCUGAGUACAGAGGCGAGGGAAUCACAGUGCAGUGUGUGGCCCCUUUACUGGUCUCUACCAACAUGACGUGGAACAUGGGAACGAACGCGCUGGUGAAGAGAGCCGACGACUUCGCCAGAGAGGCUCUGAACACGGCCGGGCUCAGCAGCUUCACAUCCGGCUGCCUUUCACACGCACUGCAGCACUUUGUAAUUGAUCACGUCCUCCCUGGGUGGCUGCGUUUGGCCGCCUUUAAUGUUUAUCAGGCAGCAACGAGAAAGAAGACUGAAGCCAUAUUCCGCGGAACCUGCAAACAGGAGUGAGGGGGCCCGGGGGGAGGACACAUUUCACUG